AUGUCCCUUACAUUGGGGAUCAGUGGGAAGAAUGUCCCUUACAUUGGGGUCAGUGGGAAGAAUGUCCCUUACAUUGGGGGUCAGUGGGAAGAAUGUCCCUUACAUUGGGGGUCAGUGGGAAGAAUGUCCCUUACAUUGGGGGUCAGUGGGAAGAAUGUCCCUUACAUUGGGGUCAGUGGGAAGAAUGUCCCUUACAUUGGGGGUCAGUGGGAAGAAUGUCCCUUACAUUGGGGGUCAGUGGGAAGAAUGUCCCUUACAUUGGGGGUCAGUGGGAAGAAUGUCCCUUACAUUGGGGGUCAGUGGGAAGAAUGUCCCUUACAUUGGGGGUCAGUGGGAAGAAUGUCCCUUACAUUGGUGGUCAGUGGAAAGAAUGUCCCUUACAUUGGGGGUCAGUGGGAAGAAUGCCCCUUACAUUGGGGGUCAGUGGGAAGAAUGUCCCUUACAUUGGGGGUCAGUGGGAAGAAUGUCCCUUACAUUGGGGGUCAGUGGGAAGAAUGUCCCUUACAUUGGGGGUCAGUGGGAAGAAUGUCCCUUACAUUGGGGGUCAGUGGGAAGAAUGUCCCUUAUAUUGGGGGUCAGUGGGAAGAAUGUCCCUUACAUUGGGGGUCAGUGGGAAGAAUGUCCCUUACAUUGGGUGUCAGUGGGAAGAAUGUCCCUUAC